AUGAGGAUUUUUAGACCGUGGAGACUGCGCUGCCCUACCCUGCACCUGCCCUCACUCCCCGUGUUCUCACUCAAGUGGAGCUUGCCCUCCCUCGCCCCUGACGAGACUAUGUGUAAAAGUGUGACCACAGGUGAAUGGAAGAAAAUCUUCUACGAGAAGAUGGAGGAGGCAAAGCCAGCGGAUAGCUGGGACCUCAUCAUAGAUCCCAACCUCAAGCACAACGUGCUAGCUCCAGGCUGGAAGCAGUACCUGGAGUUGCAUGCUUCGGGCAGGUUCCACUGUUCCUGGUGCUGGCACACCUGGCAGUCGCCCCACGUGGUCAUCCUCUUCCACAUGUACCUGGACCGCGCCCAGCGGGCGGGCUCGGUGCGCAUGCGCGUCUUCAAGCAGCUGUGCUAUGAGUGCGGCACGGCGCGGCUGGACGAGUCGAGCAUGCUGGAGGAGAACAUAGAGUGCCUGGUGGACAACCUCAUCACCAGCCUGCGUGAGCAGUGCUACGGGGAGCGCGGCGGCCAGUACCGCAUCCACGUGGCCAGCCGCCAAGACACCCGGAGGCACCGAGGCGAGUUCUGCGAGGCCUGCCAGGAGGGCAUCGUGCACUGGAAGCCCAGCGAGAAGCUGCUGGAGGAGGAGGCGACCACCUACACCUUCUCCAGGGCACCCAGCCCCACCAAGCCACAGGCCGAGGAGGGUUCUGGCUGCAAUUUCUUCUCCAUCCCCUGGUGCUUGUUUUGGGCCACGGUCCUGCUGCUAAUCAUCUACCUGCAAUUCUCCUUCCGCAGCUCCGUCUAAGAUUCCCUUGCUGGGCCCAGGGAGAGGCUGGGGCCCCAAGGCCCGAGGGGCCAGCCAGCUGGUGGGAGGGGGUGAGGAGAGGCCUGGGUUGGGAGUGGGGUUAAGUUCUAGCGCUGGUGCCACCACUGACUCCACAGGGACCCUGCACAAAUCACCCAGCUUUUCCAUCUAUAAAAUUAAGGGUUUGGGUUUAAUCAUCGGCUUUUUGAAGUGAGACCCAGGGCCCCAGUGCUCUGCAUGGUGCCUUAGGGACUUCUUGCAUUUGGAAGGGAGACUGAGGGAGUGGCUUUCCCACCCUGGUCCUACCUCCCAUCCCCAACUCCUACCUCCUCCUCUUGCUUUAAUCAGAGCAGCUCCAUGUUAGAUGGGGUUUUAUUUAAGAGUUUUGGAUGGAAAAAGGUCCAACUGGUUUUAAAAAGUUUGAAAGUUACAGGACUAGGUGAUCUUAAAGGGCCUUUCCACAGUGAUGCGCUCACCCUUGCCUCCUGGUUCACCCUACCCCUACCCCUCAUUAUCACCCACAUCGGGGAGCGGCGGCCUUAAAUUAGCCUCUGCCUAUUGUAUGGAGAAGGCAGUGGCACCCCA